GUGGUUUUGUUGCUCAAAUAAUGCUUGUGCGACAUUUGAGGCACUAAUGUGUCACACUGAUGAAUGACACACACAGAAUAACUGUUUGUGUGGUAGUGGAGGAAGGGAGGAGGAGGGGGGCCUCAGACAGACAGCGUGGCUGCAGUACCGCAGCAACACUCCACGUCCAGUCCACCAGCUCCCCGACUUGCUCUUAAAGAUACUCAGGUUUGCAAUUCUGACUGGUGAUAUUUGGAGAUAUUUGUUACCUUGAAGAGCCCACAACAAAAGGAGGGGUUUUAAUGAGGACGCGGAGCAGCGAGUACUACAGGCGCGGUUAGCUGGCAGAGACGUCCGAUAACAGGCUGCUUUACCCGGAGCCGGGAGACACUAACACCGGCCGCUGGGAACCAGAGAGGUCGGCUAGCUGGAAGAAGGCUAGACUGGCAUUACUCGGCCAGACUAGCAUCCUCAAGCACCUCGCCCACCCUAAAAGAGUGAAGAUGGAUUGAAUCCUGAAGUGUGGAACUGUCCCAGCAACAAAAUAGGAGGACUUCUCUCUUGGGUCUGGCUCUGCAGCUUAACUGUGUGACCGAGCUGGGAGACAGAGAGGAAGAUGCCUCCCAGGCCGUCCUCAGGGGAGCUGUGGGGCAUCCACUUGAUGCCCCCAAGGAUCCUGGUGGACUGCCUGCUGCCCAAUGGGAUGAUUCUGACCCUGGAGUGUCUCCGUGAGGCCACACUCAUCACCAUCAAACAUGAGCUUUUUAAAGAGGCCAGGAAGUAUCCCCUCCAUCACCUCCUACAGGAGGAGACAUCCUACAUCUUUGUCAGUGUCACUCAGGAAGCAGAGCGGGAGGAGUUUUACGAUGAAACCCGGAGGCUGUGUGACCUCCGACUCUUCCAGCCCUUCCUCAAGGUUAUUGAACCAGUUGGCAACAGAGAGGAAAAGAUCCUUAACAGGGAGAUUGGUUUUGCCAUUGGUAUGCCAGUUUGUGAGUUCGAUCUCGUGAAGGAUCCUGAGGUGCAGGACUUCAGGAGAAACAUCCUGAAUGUUUGUAAAGACUCUGUGGAGAUGAGAGAUGCCGGCGGGCCCCACAGCAGAGCCCUGUAUGUUUACCCUCCCAAUGUAGAAUCAACACAGGAACUUCCCAAACACAUCUAUUGCAAGCUGGACAAAGGUCAGAUUAUUGUUGUGAUUUGGGUGAUUGUGUCUCCAAACAACGACAAACAAAAAUAUACAUUGAAGAUCAACCAUGACUGUGUGCCUGAACAGGUGAUUGCAGAGGCCAUUCGGAAGAAGACACGCAGCAUGCUGCUGUCUCCAGAGCAGCUAAAGAUGUGUGUUCAAGAAUAUCAGGGUAAAUACAUCCUCAAAGUUUGUGGCUGUGACGAGUACCUGCUGGAAAAGUACCCCAUCAGCCAAUACAAGUAUAUUCGUAGUUGCAUCAUGCUGAGCAGGAUGCCUAACCUGAUGCUAAUGGCCAAGGACAGCCUGUACACCCAGUUGCCUACAGACAACUUUGUCAUGCCGUCAUACUCUCGACGCAUCUCCACCGCAACAUCCUACAUGAACGGAGAGGCAGCUGCCAAAUCGCUUUGGACCAUCAACGGGACUCUACGAAUACGAAUCCUUUGUGCCACUUACGUCAACGUGAAUAUACGGGACAUAGACAAGAUCUAUGUGAGAACAGGAAUUUACCAUGGAGGUGAACAGAUGUGUGACAAUGUCAACACACAGAGAGUACCCUGCUCUAACCCCAGGUGGAAUGAGUGGCUCACCUAUGAUAUGUACAUCCCAGACAUACCCUGUGCUGCCAGGCUCUGCCUCUCCAUCUGCUCUGUCAAGGGCAGGAAGGGAGCCAAGGAGGAGCACUGCCCACUAGCUUGGGGUAAUAUCAACUUGUUUGACUACUCUCACACUCUGGUAGCCAACAAGAUGGCUCUGAACCUCUGGCCUGUCCCUCAUGGUCUUGAGGACCUCCUAAAUCCUAUAGGAGUCACUGGAUCAAACCCUAAUAAGGAAACCCCAUGUCUGGAGCUGGAGUUUGACCACUUUAGCAGUCCAGUUAAGUACCCAGAUAUGAAUGCAGUGGAGGAUCACGCAAACUGGACCAUCUCAAGGGAACUGGGGUUCAACUACAACCUCUCUGGACAGGGCAACCGUGUGGCCAGAGAUCACGCCCUGACAGAGGGCGACACUGAGCAGCUCAGACAGCUGAGUAACAGAGACCCUCUUUCAGAAAUAACUGAGCAGGAGAAAGACUUCCUCUGGAGACACAGGCACUACUGCAUGAAUAUCCCUGAGAUUCUUCCCAAGAUCCUUCUUGCUGUCAAAUGGAACUCCAGAGAUGAAGUAGCACAGAUGUACUGUCUGUUAAAGGAAUGGCCGUCUAUCCGUCCUGAGCAGGCCAUGGAGCUGGUGGACUGUAACUAUCCGGACCCCAUGGUCAGGCACUUUGCCGUCCGCUGCCUGGACAAAUACUUGACUGAUGACAAACUGUCCCAGUACCUCAUCCAGCUUGUACAGGUGUUGAAAUAUGAGCAGUAUCUCGACAAUCCCUUGGCCCGUUUUCUUCUCAAAAAGGCCCUGACCAAUCAGAGGAUAGGUCAUUUCUUCUUCUGGCAUCUCAAGUCAGAAAUGCACAACAAAACAGUGAGCCAGAGGUUUGGGCUGCUUUUAGAGGCUUACUGCAGGGCCUGCGGCAUGUACCUCAAACACCUGAGCAGGCAGGUAGAGGCCAUGGAGAAGCUCAUUAACCUCACUGACAUCCUGAAACAGGAAAAGAAGGAUGAGACGCAGAAGGUCCAGAUGCGGUUUCUUGUGGACCAGAUGAAGAGACCGGACUACAUGGAUGCUCUGCAGAACUUCACCUCUCCUCUCAACCCGGCGCACCAGCUGGGAAAUCUGAGGUUAGAUGAAUGCAGGAUCAUGUCCUCAGCGAAGAGGCCGCUGUGGCUGAACUGGGAGAAUCCUGACAUCAUGUCUGAGCUGCUCUUUCAGAACAACGAGAUUAUCUUCAAAAAUGGAGAUGACUUGCGGCAGGAUAUGCUCACUCUGCAGAUUAUUAAAAUCAUGGAGAAUAUUUGGCAGAAUCAGGGUCUGGACUUACGGAUGCUCCCUUAUGGCUGUCUGUCAUUAGGAGACUGUGUGGGUCUUAUUGAGGUGGUGCGCAGCUCCCACACCAUCAUGCAGAUUCAGUGUAAAGGAGGUCUGAAAGGAGCUCUGCAGUUCAACUCAAACACUCUGCAUCAGUGGCUGAAGGACAAGAACAAGGGCGAGAUGUAUGACCUGGCUGUGGAUCUGUUCACAAGGUCCUGUGCUGGCUACUGUGUAGCUACAUUUAUCCUGGGGAUUGGAGACAGACACAACAGUAACAUCAUGGUCAAAGAUGAUGGACAGUUGUUUCAUAUCGAUUUUGGCCAUUUCCUGGAUCAUAAGAAGAAGAAAUUUGGCUACAAGAGGGAGCGAGUGCCCUUUGUACUGACACAAGACUUUCUCAUCGUCAUCAGCAAGGGAUCCCAAGAGUGUGCAAAGACCAAAGAGUUCGAGAGGUUCCAGGAGAUGUGUUAUAAAGCGUACCUGGCCAUCCGUCAGCAUGCUAACCUCUUCAUCAACCUGUUCUCCAUGAUGCUGGGCUCUGGCAUGCCUGAGCUGCAGUCGUUUGAUGACAUCGCCUACAUCAGAAAGACGCUGGCUCUGGAGAAAAGCGAACAGGAGGCAUUGGACUACUUUAUGAAACAGAUGAAUGAUGCUCAUCACGGAGGGUGGACCACUAAGAUGGACUGGAUAUUUCACACAAUAAGGCAGCAUGCACUAAACUGAUCAUCUGCACACAAACAAAACAAAAAAACAGCAGUCCCACCGAGAAAGAUUUGCUUCUGUCAAACAGCUGUUUGUCUUACACUGUUCAGCACUCAUCUUUCAAGGACUUUCAGUUUUCCAUUACAGCAGACAAGUGAGCUGUCUGUGGUUCUGGGAGUUUUCAGCUCACCUUGUUUUUUUAAAACCAGCACCAUUUGUAUUUAUUUGAACGAGGUUUCUGUUCUUUGUGCAGUCUGGAAAUUACCCUGACCUAACGUUCCGUCCUCAUGAAGAUGUGCCCUACCUGGCUGAUGCUUGUAUCCUCGGCGGCUAUGCUUCUUCUUGUUCCCAAAAGGAACAAACUGGGUAGGAAAGUUUACUUAAAACACUGCUGCACUUGCGGAUCAAAUAGACAAAACAACGUGACAAUGUUUUUCUGCCAAUCUAAAAAAAUGUAGCCACAAAAUAUGUUGAUCUUGCUGCUCUUCUGCUGUAUCAGUGCUGCACUGUGGCUCCACCCUAGAAAGAAAGUGCUGAAAAACUUUGUUUUGAUUUCCCAUCACUGCUGAGAAGACAGCAGGCACAAGGAACUGUCUGAAUUCUUACAUCAAACGGGAAUUACUUCACUUUAUAUAGUGCUGGAGUAUGGGAGCAUCUAUGUUGAUCCCCACUGCACAGUCUUCCACCAUCUCUGUGGUGGAGCUCUCCCAUCUGUAUGAGGACACUUCAAAGCUCAGAAACUCUGCAGAAGAGUUUGUGGGUUGUUUUGCAAAGCUUGAAACUCUCCAACAGCCUCAAGGAAAAAAGCACUCCGCCACUUGGGAACAUUUGUCGGUGGUGCAGCUUAAGACUUCAGGGUGAUGAUGCCUCUCCAUCAAAAUUGAAAAAAACUAUCAGCACUUAGAGAUACAAGAAUAAUAUACAGAUUUAUUAUGACUUUCUAAAUUUAUUUAUGUAUCUAGUUUCUUUCAGUUUCUACAUGGGCAAGACUCAACUCUUCAGAAACACAGUAUUGUUGUGUAAAUAUAUUUGUAUUAUUUUUUUGUGUUUGGGUUUACGGAUUUGUUUCCUUUACUUUCCACUGGCCACAAGUGAAACAGCUUCACCCUCUUCUGUAGAUCUGCUGAUGCCUUUUUUGCUUGACAUAAUUUUCAAGUUGGAAAUCUCAUACUACUUUAUCCAAAGCUGACCAAUUUGUUUUGUUUGGGCUUGUUUGCAGUCCUACUUGGAAUUUAAAAUCAGAAUUAUUUGGGGAUGCAAAAUGACAAAAAGUGAAAGUGCCAAUCUCAGAAGUUCUGAAUAAUAGGACCUAUUUUAAGCCUGUGGCUUUCUGUUUUGACUGUGAGCAGAGACCCAGGGGAAUGUCACGUCUUCCUGUUGAUAAAAUGCCAACAUCCAAAACAAUGCACACUGCAAGGCCCAGCAAACUCUAUCUCAACAAAUUAUGAGGGCACUAUCUACGAGAGAAGCUGCGACUAGAUUUGACCCACAGUUCUGUCUUUUUAAAACCAUGUUAGAUUGAUCAUUUCUGACAUUUCCCUCAUUUUAGCAUCUUAAGAGUGUUGACUCUAAGAAACAAAGUGCAUUUUAACUUGUGUUUACCCCACAUUUUGUGGUUAUAUUUAUUACUGAACUUAAACCCUGGCGGUAUUAGAGUCAUACUGCCUAUUGCCAUGUCCUGUUAAAGCCAUGUCGUACACCCUUUUUUGUUAGACACUCACAUUGUUGCUGUUUUCCCAACAGCAACAUUAGAGUACAUUUUCAGUGUGAACUUGUGAAAUGGCAGUCAGUGCAUCUGUUUUGAAUCAAACAGUGCAUCUUGGUAAAAUUUGGUCAAAAGAGUGAUUUAAGCAAAUCUGUCAAAGUCUGAAAAUGCAGAGUGAUAUGGAGGUGUAGAGGACCUCUGUUUCUGGCUGUGUUGGGUCAGGAGGCAGUGGACCACUGUUAAAUUAAUACAUUAAAUUAGACCUCAGCAACAUUUUUGGGACACUUGUUCCUAUUGUAUCUAUGAUGCCAUGGUUCCUCAGGGUGCUCUGAACCAAGCUGCAACCUCCGGCCACAAGAAUUGAAGCCAAUGUGGGAGUGUUAAAAACUGCAGUUCCUCCAGUGUCCGCUUGAGGCUGGCUCUGGAAGUACCAGAAACCACAUACACUCCCAUUCAAAAAAGCCGAUCUUUGCAGCAGAAAUAAACAUGUUUACAACCUGGUACAAAAGACGAGUGUAGUCUGGAUAGCUCAUUUCUCGAUCGGCACACACUGUACAGGGGGUGAAUUUUUUCAUAACGCUGCAAUUAUAAGAUAUUAAGAUUACGAGUUUUUGGUUAUUAGAGGCACAGCUGACUUGAUUGACAGGCGGGAACACUGUAGCUGUUGGCGAGGAAGCUCAAAGCCCGCCUCUUUACCUCACACUCACUCGACAGCAGUCAGGUUGAGUUUCCAAUAUGGCUGCCGCUGAUGAUUGGCUUCAAAACAGCGCUUCAGAAACAGAUGGGUGACGCCAGUCUAUGCUCUGAACACAUCACAUCCACAGAGACCUUUUAAAGGGUUUUGUUUUUUUCUCUGGGUCUACAUGUUGAAAUCACUCAUGUUCAGAUUACUGAUGUUAUGCACCUUGAAACGUAUGCCCCAACAUCUUCAGGCAAAAAAGUAUUUAAUUAAUUAUUUACAUUCAAGCAGCUUCCAAUCCGUCCAUCUCCGUUUGUUAGUUUACAUCAUAAUUAUCCAGAUUAGUUUGAGCUGUUUCUUACAGAGUUGGUGAAUGUGUCGUGCUGUGAACAUAGGAAUGAUCAGCUAUCUAGGUUAGCUAGUUGAACAUUAUUGUGCUACUGAAUCAAUUUGUUGAAAAUGUUUGACAGAGAGAAAAAAGGGAAGGAUGUUCAAAUAGAAGUAGUGUGUCUUUAAAACAGACCAUAGCUGUGUGAACUCUAAACGGACCGUUUGGGAAGUAUUUGUUGAGAACGUUUUCUUUUUUGCGAUUUACAUAGAACCUUGAAUGGCAGAGACUCUUGUAUGCUGUGUUUUGCUGAGGACAGAAUGUAGCACUUCAUAAGAAAAGGCCUCAGAGCAGUCUCCCGAGCCUCAUAAGCCCCCUGGCACCCUGAAACAAGAAAGACAUUUGGAUGUGCGCUAGAUUAAUCUGCAGUUUGAAAGUCAAUCUGCCAGCACAAAAAGAAAGUCUGCACUUUGCAAAAUUGAUUGUAUUGAAAAGCCAAAGUUGGGGGUCUGUUCUGAUACGGUGUUGGAUGUCCUGGAUUGAUGGCUAGAAUGUAUUUAAAUGCUAAACUGCGCACUCAUUUUUCUGUGUCUUUGAAUCGUCCAUGUUUCCUCUAAAGAGUCGGAUGCAGUGCCACAAAAUGAACUGUCCGUUAUCAGCAGAGAGCUCUUUUUAACAUUUUUUUCUCAUCGUGCCAAAUCAGGCGUCACUGAGGCCUGUGAAAGCUAAUGCUGGAGUCACAUCUCGCAGUAAUCGGUCACAGAAUUGAAAAAGGAAAGAAGAAUGUUGGUCGUAUGCACUUACAAAUUGUAGUUCUCAAUGCCUUUUUGUCCAAGAGGACUCCACAUGAAAAGAGUUCGCCUAGCAUGUUUCUCCAACAGCAUUAGCAGUAUGUAUGAUGUACAAUUUGAGUAUUUAUGUAUGCACAGCUGCAGUCAAUCCUCUUUUCUACAGUGGGCUUCAUGUGUGACAGAUCUGCAGUGUUGUCAUCUUUGAUAUUGUUUCACAUUUAUCCUCCAAAGUGAAUGUGCGUGCGUGUGUGUGUGUUUGCUCAUAUGCGAACACUAUCCUUCUGUACAGGUUGCAGAGCUUCAUUGGCAGGCCCCAAUGAACAUGAUGUAUGUGUGUGUUCAUGUCCAUGUGUCCGGUGACACUGAGCUGUUGGAGAGGUGGUGUCUCUAAAUGUUUUGUAUGCCUCUUUUUUUUUUUGUUCUUGCAAUGUUUGUAAGGAAACUUCUCUCAAAAAUAGGUUGUAAAUGUUUUACUUGAAGUGAAGAACCGCAGCUGUAUUUAGUUGGUUUAAAGGUGCAGUGGAGGGUUGCAGUGUCGAUUUAGUACUGAUUGUGAGUGUGUGUGUUGUAUUGUAUGCAAACACCGGGACUGAAGCAAAAUAGUCCAACAUUUCUGUAUUUAGAUAAAACUACUGAUUGCAUCAGUGAAGGAUUCACAUUUUUAAGAUCAGAUCAGAUCUCCUCAGUCUGCUUGGAAGCUCUCCUGCUCAAACUUUGGAGCUGUAUCUGUGCAGGAUUCCCCUAAAUUGUGUUGCACUAGUUAAUUCCCCCUUAUGUGAAGGAAUUGAUGGCACCCACACUUUAUCCUCUCUCUGUUGUUUUAUGCCAACGGUGAUAAAACAGAAAGCUAAACCAGCUUAUCUGAAUCAAAGGAUGUUCUUUUUUCAUUCAUGUCCUGCUAAUUCAAUCAUCUGAUCUGAGCUAUGGUUGCAGUACAAACAAUAAGUUAAUAAGAGCUCCAGAGAUUACAUAAUGCAGUUCAAUGCAGAAUCAGUACAGUAAAUCCAAUGUAUGUGAAACUUGCAGUGUAACAUUUGAAUGUCUGUCUUUAUCCUCAGAUAUUUUGUUACUGUUUGUCCUUGCUGACCUGAUGGACAGGUGUUCAAAUCUUCACGUUCACUUCCUGUUUGAAUACAGACUCUGAUAUUUCGUGAAAGUUGAAGCAGAAAGAAAAUGUAGUCAGAAUCACAAUUUGGAGCCGAUUGUUAUCUUUUAAACAAAAUGUGCUUUUAUAGAGCCUUGAAUGGGCUUUAAACACAACAGAACAGAUGACAUGUCGAGGGUUAGUAAAAAUGUGCAUUAAAAAUAAACCCUGUAUUGCACCAAAGAGCAAACAUGACUAAUCACAUUAUUGAUCAUUUGUGAUCUCUUUGAAGCCCUGAGAAUGUCGAAACAACGUCCUAUUUUAAGAGAAAUACCGACUGAGUACGUAGUUUGAUGCUCUCUCCUGUAUGCAGUGCUCUUGUGCGUCUCUAAUAUAAUACCAUGCUGUCAGAACCUGAACCUAUACUAUGAAUGAAUGUACAACGGGCCAAUGUAAUGUUUUCCUCAGCCUACCUGCAUGAGACCGGGCAAAGAUGAAUACUUGUCGUCUUGCUUCAUGUUAUUUUAUUGUUUAGUCUGCUAAGCAGCCACACAGAUGUUUAUGAAUUGCUGCCUUAAGUUUACUCCCUGUAGGAACAGUUUCAUACAUUAACCUGCAUUUUUUUAAUUUAUUAAUGUAUAUUGCGUUCUGUUUCGGUUUCCUGGUCACAUGGUAAAUGUUUUUACCCUCACUGACUGACUGGUCAUCUAAGUGUUCUGUGAAGAUGUACAAAUAAAUUUGUUAAACAUUCA